AUGGAGUUGGACCUGAACUCGCGCAACGCCAAGUGGAACCGCGAGCAGAAUAAGCGGCGCGAGCAGGCCAAGCGCAAGAUCGAGACGGAGCGCCGCAAGCGCGCGGCGGCCGCCAGGGCGCGCGAGGAGCUGGAGCAGCUGCAGAGGCAGAAGCGCGUGGAGCGCAUCGCGGAGCUGGAGCGGCAGGAGCAGCAGGCGCUGGAGGAGCAGCGGCUCACGGGCGGCAUCAAGUACCUGCAGCGGCUGCGGCCCGUCCCCACGGCCAGCGACGGCGACAAGAUCUCGCUGCCCGUGUCGGCGCUGGAGGAGCUCAACCCGCAGAACGCUCUGGAGCGUGGCGUGUUCACGUUCGAGCUGUCGUUCGAGCAGCAGCAGCAGAAACAGGAGGAGGAGGAGGAGGCGGGGGAGAAUGUCCCGUUGAAGAGACUGACGCACGCGGGAGUGCUCGAGUUCGUGGCCGAGGAAGGAACCGUGGGGCUGCCGCCCAAGGUCGCGGCGUCGCUGUUUGGCCAGAGCCGGCAGCUACCCGACAGCGUCCAGGUGCGCUUCGUGCGGCUGGAGAAGGGCCAGUUCGCCAGUCUGCAGCCGAGAGGAGACGGCUUCAGCGACCGCCAGAUCGACUUCAAGCACAUGCUCGAGAGGUCCCUCAAGGCGCACACGACGCUGACCGAGGGCGACGUGCUGUUCGUCCGACACGGAAGGGAGACGUUCGAGGUACUCGUCGCGGAGUUGCGGCCCGAACGAGCUGUUAAUAUUCUCAACACGGACCUCGAGGUGGAUAUCAUCCCCAGCGAGGCCGUGGCCAAGGCGAAGGAGGCGGAUAAACUUCGGGAGGAAGAAGCUGCGCGUGUUGUGGCGAUGGCGCAGGAGAAAGAGAAGUGGAAGGCGGAAAAGACGACAAGCUUGUCACCUGAGCCUCCUCUUGAAGAGCGUCUACAAGUGAAGAUCGUGCUGAGGAUGACGGAGGGGCAGUCGACGCGUCGGUUCUUGCAUUCGUCGCCGCUGCGAAACGUGUUCGACUUUAUCGAGGCGCUGACGGGCGAAGACGCGAGGCAUUUUCAGCUGGCGGCUACGUAUCCACGUCGACUCUUCGGGGUUGAUUCAGCUGAUAAAUCGCUACAAGAGCUGGGUUUGAAUGGACGUCAGGAAGCUCUGUUCGUUGAGAAGCUCGCAGUGGAUGAAGUUAUGGCUGAAGCGGACGCUACCACAUCUGAUAAUGCUGGCGGGGGCCAAGUAACAGUAGCGCGCCCACGUACUCUACUACCUGGUGUGUGGGAAGAAGCUCGGCAGGCGCUGGAGAAGUGGCUCGAUGACAGUAUGCACUCGACUUCAGUCCCAGCAAUCCACGCCAUGGAGCCAUCCAUGCCCGUGGCCCAGUCCGCAGACCAAGAAGUGAAGUGGCGCGCACAACUGAGCGAGCUGGAAGAGAUGGGCUUCAUGAAUCGAUCGCUCAACAUUGAGGUGCUCGAGCGAUAUCAAGGUCGCUUGCUGCGCGUGGUAAACUUCCUGUCUGAAAUGGAGUCACCGGCUGAAGGUGGCGACAACGGCGUCACCGUCAUGGAAGACUAG